GCGGCUUGUGUUGUUGCACCAGAGCAAUUGUCAUGUGAUGGCCCGUCCGAGAAGCUGCUGUUGACAGUAGCUUUAUAGCUUUAGAUGCGGCUUAAAUAACAUCUCGAAAGAGACAAGUUUUAUGUUUGUAGGAGAAGAGACAGACUGCUCGUUUGUGACGGAGAGCAGGAAAGUUUGUCCCCUCGGACGCUGCCAUGGGUUGCUGUUACAGCAGCGAGAAUGAGACCUCCAGUCAGGACCCUGAUGAAAUUAAGCCUCUGAUCCCACACCCAAUGCCUGACAAACCAUCAAAUGGGACUGAUUGGAUCACAACCGAUGUGCCCUCAGCACGCACCGAUGAACAGGCCCUGCUCACAUCCAUCCUCACAAAGACGGCACAGAACAUCAUUGAUGUGUCAGCCGCUGACUCUGUCAUGAUGGAGCAGCAUGAAUACAUGGACAAAGCUCGGCAAUAUAGUACAAAGCUUGCAGUGUUGAGCACCAGUCUGCCCCAAAAGAAGCCUCUCACUCUCCCCUCCCUCACCAGCCAGCCCCACCAAGUGCUAGCAAGCGACCUGGUGCCAUACUCGGAUGUCCAGCAGGUGUCCAAAAUAGCAGCUUAUGCUUACAGUGCAAUCUCUCAAAUCAAAGUGGAUGCAAAAGAAGAACUAGUUGUCCAGUUUGCCAUUCCCUGAUUCUGCAACUGUGACCUGCGCAUUUCUCCUCCCAUCCCACUCUCUCUCUCUGUCACUCCUGCACCCUCAACCUCCAACUCACCCUCUAUUCAAGCAUUUUGAUCUAUUUGCAUCUUAGCUAUGCUUCUAAUUGCUUUAAAGACCAUUACGAUGGAGGCGUCAACCCUAUGGACCUGUCCUUUAGUGUAAUUAAUUAUGGGGCUGCAGUGGUGUCAGUUAUCUAAUGGGCAGUGGGAAAUGGCUUAUUGGAGAUGGGUAUGAUCUUUUACUUACAACAAAGCCACCUUGGUCUGUGAUGCAUGGACUGCAUCCAUCUUUUCCACAACUAGCUUGAGGGGACAAAAGAAAAUCAACAUUCUCGAUGAAAUCUCACAUUCAUAAAGCUUUUCCGGGUUGUCUCAGUGUAUGGUAUGGACUUUGUUAAAAUGUCUUGCCUGUUUGCAAGGUAUUCUAACUCUGGCAGGCUAAGUUAGCGAUGCUACUGGUUGGUAUAGAAAAUAAUGGAUGAAUGUAUAGAGUUAUCAAUUGGUACACCGUUCUAUUUGACAAGGAUUGGGUCUGUUUUGGUUUAAUUUUCCCCGGAAAAGCAAAAGCGAGGGAUAUUUUUUGUGGUGAAAUCAUGAAAAACUACCACAAUGCCAUAGGUUCCAGUGUAAUGGUUGAGUAAUUUACCUAUAAAAGAGUCAAGCAAAAUGUUUUAAGGUUUUCACUUCACACUGCUACUUUGUACAAUCGUUUAAUGACACUGCCGAUUUUGUCAAGAUCUCUUGCUAAAAAACAAAAGAAUGUGUAAAAACUACGCCCAGAAUAGGUUGAUUUGAUCCUCGUGCCCCGCAUAUCUUUGUUUUAGUUGGUUCUGAUGUCGUGAUGUCGAUGUAUGGCCCUAAUAAGGUGUCACUCAACUCUCAGAGCCAUGAACCAUCAUGUCGACCUCACUGAAGUGAAUUCAAUAGACCUGUCAAUUUGAAAGGCUGAGGCUUGUUGUAACAGUAGGAUUGGUUAUUUGUCAGCCACUGUAAUAAUUUCUAUUCAAGAAGACAUCAGGUCAUGGGUGACCCGUGGUGUUCUCUGGGGGUUGAUGAUGCAAACACAAGUUUGAGGGGGAGGGCGUUGCUGGAUGGGCUUACAGAUGGCACUGGGAGUGGUAAAGGACAGUGCUCUUUAGUUUUACCAAUGACCUCUGCCUCUUUGCAGCACAAAAAGAUCACUAAAGGCUUCACAUUUUCCAAUACAGUUGAGGGUGUUGUGUGUAGGAUGUGAGGAAGGACAUUGUGUAUUCAUGCUUUUGUACAGAAUUUCUGAUCAAAUAUAAACAGAGAUGGUAGGUUGAAUGAAGUUUUUUUUCAGGAACUUCAUUGGUCAGAGUUGUGGUGUUUUUCUGACACCUGCGAACACUUUUAGGCCUAUGUUUGUUAGCUUUUAAACAAAGCUUUGUGCUGCAGAUUGUAAUACAAUUGAGUUCACAUUAAUCAGAAACUAACCCUUGUAGCAGUGUUGGGGGUCCCAAUGCAGAUAAAGUGAUUCAAGCCUUUUUGUGAUUAUUAUUUAUUUGUAAGUGUGAAUUUGCUCUUAUUUGGUCGAGAGCACAUGACUAUGCGUGAGCAGUGGAGCACAGUCAGCUGCUCUUUAGUCUCUAAAGGGAUGAUCUGCAAGGCUGUGAUUAUUUAAGCCACGCAUCUGAUU